AUGUCCAAAGCCACAGCAUCCUAUGCCUCCCUGCCAAAGCAAGCGCCCCCUCAAAAGGCGGCCCCUACGCAGCCUCUCCCACCUCUUCCCACCCGCAUCUCACCGGUCUGGGACGAACGUUUCGUGGCCCGGCCGCGCUCCCGCACGUUUUCCAACAUCGCCUCCUGGGCGCUCAGCAAGGAGGGGUACAAGAAGAAAACGCGGCACGCGCGCGACCGCCCGCUGCCGCUCGCCGCGCAGCUCGAGCUCGCGCAGCUCAUGGACGGCGGCUCGCUGGACCGCCGCAUCCAGGCGCACAUGGCGGAGCGCGCGCGCGCGGAGGGCGGGCUGCAGCGCGGCGAGCAGGCGGUCGGCGUCGGCGACGUGUGGAGGGACGGCGCGGGCGGGAUUUGGCUGGACCAGGAGGAGGAGUGGGAGUACGCGCACCUGCUCGCGGGCGAGGUCGGCGCCGGCGGCGCUGUCGAGCCCGAGUGGGUCGAUUUCGAGGCGGGCUCGCCUGUCGACGGGGAGGAGAGGAGGGGGAGCGUGUCGACGCAGUCGUCGGAGCUCAGCCCGAGCCGCCUCGUACAGGCUCUCGAGGGCUUGGACGAUGGCAUGGCUAUCUUUGGCGGCAGCGUGCCUCCCGUGGCUCCGUACAAGCCUGGGAAGUUCGCCUUGUCUCUGCCCCCGGCAAGACGCUCCUCGAGCAGCGACUCGGUCCCUCGGCUGGAUGCCCGGCCGGGGUCGAGCGGUUCUGCGAGAAAAAGACCUGCGCCGCUGGUAUUGCCGCUCCCAAGCCCGACCAACAAACGGCCCAUCAACUCGCCGAUUAACCCGGAGCAAGUUCGUCGAGACUUUCUCGAGAACUCGGACAGUGGCACGGACAGCACCCCGAGGAAUCAGCGCAGGGGGAGCCUGACCGUGCUUCCAGGAUACGUCAACACUGCCGCUGCCUCCGAGGAGGCGCUGUCGACUCUGGGGAACAGAAAGGUUCUGAUGAAGAAAUCGUCCUUAAUGAAUUUGUUCAAAACUAGGAAGGACUAG